AUGAAUUGCCCAAAAGCACGAAAAGAAGAAUGCAGCGAAGAAUGUUCUGCAGGAAAUACUGAAGAUGAAAUGGAAGAAAAUAGUGAAGUCUCCGAAAAUAACGAAAAUAAUAAACGUGCUUCAAAGAAAGAUCGAAAAGCCAAAGACGAUAGUGACGAUGAUGAUGAUGAUGAUGAUGAUGAUGAAGACAACAAUACUGAAGAAGAUAACGAAGAAGAAGAAGCUAAUGAAGAAGAAGAAGAUGAAGAAGAAGCUAAUAAGGAAGAAGAAAAAGAUGAAGAAGAACAAAAUGAAGAAGAAGAAGCUGAUGAGGAAGAACAAGAUGAAGAAGAAAGCAACGGAAAAAAUAAUAAAGAAGAAAAUGACAAUGACGAAGAAGAAGAUAAUGACGAAGAGGAAGAUAAUGAGGAAGAAGAGGCUAACGAAGAAGAAGAACAUGAAGAAGAAAAAAAUAAUAACGAAAAAUCUAGUAAAAAAUCCAAACGUCGUAAUUAA